GGAAGCAGGGACCCGUCCUAGGCGGCGGAGCACAAACCCUACGCUGGGUUUCGGAAGGACUCCUUUUCACCUCUUGUCAGGAGCGUUGGUUUGGCGAGGCAGCAGGAGCGCGUUGGUCACGGCAACCAUGGUGAACGUACCGAAGACCAAGAAGUCCUUCUGCCCGGGGAAGGCAUGUAAGAAGCAUACCCUUCACAAGGUGACGCAGUACAAGAAGGGAAAGGACAGCUUGUACGCCCAAGGGAAGAGGCGUUAUGACAGGAAGCAAUCCGGUUACGGAGGUCAGACCAAGCCUGUCUUUCACAAGAAGGCCAAGACCACAAAGAAGAUUGUGCUUAGGUUGCAAUGUCAGGCUUGCAAGCAUGUGACUCAACAUCCCAUCAAGCGCUGCAAGCACUUCGAGAUUGGAGGAGACAAGAAGGGCAAGGGUACCCAACUUUUUUAAACUACAUGUCUUAAUUGAAAUGUUAAAAUUGUGGACUGGUUUUCACCGUGUACCACUCAUUUUGUAAGAAGCUCUUGGAGCCUUGGUUUCA